GGCCCCUUCGAUUUACACAUAUUGCAGAGUUACCACGAAGCUUUUUUGCCACUUUAAUACAAGCUACUCAAUGUACUUGGAUAAAUUUACAAAGCAACCUUUUAUUUCAAAAUGCUUUGCGAAACUUGUCGGAGGUCGUAUCAAACCACGUACAAAGUACUUAGCACAAUAGUUGACAAGCCGUGGCCAGAGUUAAAUUCAAAUAUUCUGCAUUCUACACCCCAGAGUCUCUAUACAUCAAUUCUGGCGGGAUGCCUCAUCUGUCGGAAGCUAUGGACGUCGAUUCUAAGAUAUAGAAUUGGGGUUGAAUUUGAAGGUUACUUUCGAAGCGCACUUGCUGGCGAUAUGCCCAAGACCUACGAAGAAUUCCGCGUCCAAAGUGGAGUUCAAAAACAUGGCAUCGAGUCGCCAUGGAUAACAUUCGAUAUCAGCGAACUUCGUCAAUAUAAUAGACUAUUCAUUGAACUGAAAGAAGAUAUGGAGUAUUUACUCACAGUUCGCUUCAAUGAAGUCAUCUCAGUGAAACCUCCACAUAAAAUCGGACGUCGCUCGACAGCUGAGGCGGUCGAACUAUGGCAACACUGGUAUCGUACUUGUUUGGAAUCCCACACCAAAUGCCGUACACGAGGAGAAGACGAUGCGGCAUUCACGCCUGAUAGACUCAUAGAAGUACGUCGCGACAAUGACGGAAGUGCUUGCAAGUGGCGACUUGUUUGUUACGACCAUGUUGGCACCGUGCCAUAUUUGACAUUAAGCCACUGUUGGGGAUCUUCUAAUCACCUAUGCUUGACCAAGCGCGAUUAUUCAGGGUUCUUGGAAUUCUCGGUUGAUUCGCGUUUGCCUAAGACAUAUCGGGACGCCUUUCAAAUUACUAUGUCACUAGGUUUCCAAUUUAUUUGGAUCGACUCUCUGUGUAUCAUCCAGGAUGAUGAAGAUGAUUGGAAAAUUCAAUCCUCUAUGAUGGGGUUGAUAUAUAGCAAAGCUCAUUGUAACAUUGCCGCGACAUGGGCUGCUGACAGCACUUACGGCUGUUUCACUAACAGGGACCUAUCAAUAAUGGACUAUACUUCGCUGAAGUUGACUUCUGAUAAUGGUCAAACUACCGAAUACGCUUUUGCAUGCUCCUACCCCCAAUACCGUUUGAUGGCACAGGUCCCACUGACUACACGUGCAUGGGUUAUUCAAGAGCGAUACCUAUCGAAGAGGCAGCUAAGCUUCCUGCAUCAAGUUUGUUGGCGGUGUCCGGAGCUUAUUGCUUCUGAGCAAUACCCCGCGGGCGUCACAGACGAUUUCUUGGAAGAGACUCAACUUAGUGUGCCCGAAUGGCCAAUCGUGAAAAUUCGAAAUCCCGACGAGUUUCGGAGUGCCUGGGAGGGAUUGGUACUCUCCUACUCGGGCUGUAAUCUUACUCAACAAUCCGAUAGAUUGAUCGCGAUUGCAGGGUUGGCUGGGGAAAUGCGAAACAUUGUACAAGACGAAUACCUCGCUGGCAUGUGGAAAACAGAUCUUAUUAGUCAACUUGGUUGGCACUCUCAUGUGGGACUUAAAGGAAAGCCAAACCGAUUUAGAACAACAACCUAUGUUGCCCCAACAUGGUCAUGGGCCAAUAUAUACGCGCAGAUUUCCACAGAUCCAAGUUAUACGUCCAAAUCUCCUCUCACUCAGUUGGCAGAGAUCAUAGGAAUUAAUGUCGUUUCAGAUGAUCCUAUGAAGUUGCAUAGUUUUACAUCAUCAGAACUGAUACUGAAAGGGAUCGCCGUGUUGGCUUAUGCGUCAGCGUUGGGGUCAACAAACUUUACUCUGGGUGAACGAUACGAGCUUCGACUUACCAAUCAGAUAAUAACGGGGAGGUAUAUAAUGCCGGCACAUAUCGAAGUCGAAAUUAUCUGGGAUGAGGAUGUCUCCGUCAUGGCCACUGACCCAGAUGAAUGGUUAAGACUUCAUGAAGAACGAAAACAGGAACUUUUAUUCAUGUGCAUAACUUAUGAUCAUUAUUAUUUAACAUCUCCAUCUGGUCUUCAAGGACUGGUCCUUAGGAGGUUCCACUGCCCUAAAAAACAGGAUUUAUUUAUUAGAAUAGGGAAGUUUACUGCAGAUGAAAGGAAUUCUUUUAAACGAUACAUAGCUAAAAGAGUUAUAGCACCAGUGACGAAGGACAAGGUCAAGAAUGGAAUAGUGGACGACCCAUUCCGUGGGGAAACCAUAGACCUGGAAAACCCGGAGCUUUCUGAUUUGGUCCAUACAGUUACUAUCGUUUAAUACAGUUGCUGAGAUUUUCCCUCCGCACUAAUUUGUACCAGGACGAGGUUGAUAAUAAGCAGACGGCUGUUGCGUCGUCCUGUACAUCGGCACAAUUUGUACAAUACCAUCAUGGGGGAUAUUAGCCACAUUAGCCUUGCAGGCCGAGCAGACAAUACGAGUAUUCUCAAACCACCCGCCUAUGCAUGGCAGACAAGCGAGACACAGGCAGACGCAACAAAGCAAGGCCCCUACUACACUACAGGCAUAAAUUUUAGCACAAUAUCAAGAAAGAGUUCGUAA